UCUGAGUAUACUCCGUACUUACGUAGUACUAUAUCAUUCCGAAGUGAUUCCUUAGUAAACUCCGCUACGUGCCACACAAGGACACUAACAGUAGAAACUCGAAAAGCAAAAAGAAUAAACCAAGACUGUAGUUAUAUAACAAUAAAAGCAAAAUCCAGAGUUAUACGACAUAUACUAAAGCUCAGCCCUAAAAGCAACCAGGAAGCUUACGGCGAAUACAGUUCAGUACCGCCACCUUUCCCAAAUAGGCAAGAUGCUCCCCCACAUGAACCUUUCAGCGUUUACGGCUUCAUCAAAGAUAACGAACGCUACUAUCACUCGACGUGUUACUCUUCAUUUUCCCCCCUCUUUCCUCCUCUUUCUCCUCAUUCAGACUGACCCCAGUCUGACAUGCCACAAUGGCAGACAAAAAGACCCCAACAAUAAACCCUGAGACCAACCCGCGCGGUAUCCCCGUCGCUCCCUUCGUCGACAAUGUAACCGACUACGUCUCGACGCGCGCAGACGUCGAGCCCACGCUCCGCUCCUUCCAAGAGAUGAUCUCCAAAUACCAAUUUAUGGAAGUAAACACACAACGACGGGCGGCGGGCCUCCGUGAAAAGAUCCCGGAUAUCAAGAAGACGCUGGAAAUGGUCAAAUUUCUGAAAAUGCGCCGCGACAAUAACGCCGACCCGCUGGAGACGAACUUCGAAUUGAACGAUACACUCUAUGCGCGUGCGGCUGUCGACCCUGCGGACACAGAGGAGGUGUAUCUUUGGCUCGGGGCGAAUGUCAUGUUGGCUUAUCCCAUUGAGGAGGCGGAGACCAUGUUGACGGAGAAGUUGUCCACGGCGGAGUUGAGUCUGGCGAAUUGUGAUGAGGAUUUGGAGUUUUUGAGGGAGCAGAUUACGACGAUGGAGGUUGCCACGGCUCGUGUCUAUAACUGGGAUGUCGUGCAGCGUCGGAAAGAUAAGGCGGAGGGGAAGGGCGACGAAGACGAUGAUACGGCAAAGGGUCCUUCGGGUGCUUAAAGCUCAUUUUCAUGAAUCGGUCUUUUAAUGACUUUGUCCGGCUUAGAAAAGAUUCUUUUUCAUUUAUUCGGUUUGCGUAUAUCCUAGUGAGGGUUGGGAUGAAACAAAAGUGCUGUCUUGAUCGGUGUAGAUAUAAGAA